AUUUAUCCACUCUCAUUGCACGCGAACGUUGCUUGAAUAGCAAGGAAGCUCACAGGCACUGAAAACCCGUAACAAAAGAGCGCAUCUGAACUGACCUAUUAAGAAACACAGUAUUGUAUAUUACCACUCAGUGAAUCCAGGAAAGAAGUAUGGCAGAGGCUCACCAGGCCGUAGCGUUUCAGUUCACAGUAACACCAGAUGGCAUCGAUCUCCGGCUCAGCCACGAAGCUCUUCGACAGAUCUACCUCUCCGGGCUGCACUCCUGGAAGAAGAAGUUCAUCAGAUUCAAGAAUGGGGUCAUGACCGGCGUGUUCCCUGGAAGCCCUACAAGCUUGCUGGUAGUUGUGGUGGGGUUCAUGUCCACAACAGCGUACACAAAAACAGAUCCUUCAUUCGGGUUGAUAGCCAGAAUCGGGGCACACCUCCCUGUAAGUAGGUACCUGUCUGAUGAGAGCCAGAAGAUUGUGGGAGGAGUGCUCAUCGGCACCAGCCUGUGGGUGGCUGGUAUCUCUAUCAUGCGCACCACACUGAAGAUGCUGCUCUCCUGGCACGGCUGGAUGUUCAGUGCACACGGCAAGGUGUCCAAGAGAACCAGAAUCUGGAUGGCACUGGUGAAGCUUUUCUCUGGACCCAAGCCAAUGUUGUACAGCUUCCAGACGUCACUCCCACGCCUUCCUGUACCUGCAGUCGCAGACACUAUGAAACGAUACCUGGAGUCGGCCCGCCCGCUAAUGGACGAUGAGCAGUACAAUAGAAUGGAGGCUCUUGCUAAAGACUUUGAAGUGAACCUGGGACCCCGUCUACAGUGGUAUCUGAAACUGAAGUCUUGGUGGGCAACAAAUUACGUAAGUGAUUGGUGGGAAGAAUAUAUCUAUCUCAGAGGACGUGGACCAAUCAUGGUCAACAGUAAUUAUUAUGCAAUGGACUACCUGUACGUCUAUCCAACAAAGAUUCAAUCAGCUAGAGCUGGAAACACAAUCCACGCCAUCUUACUGUAUAGACAAAAGCUGGACCGAGAGCAAAUCAAGCCAAUUUUCGCUCUGGGAUCCACGGUACCCAUCUGCUCAUCCCAGUGGGAGCGGAUGUUUAAUACUUCCCGCCUCCCGGGCCAAGAGACAGACACUAUUCAGCACGUGAGGGACAGCAAGCACAUCGUGGUCUUUCACAAGGGGCGCUUCUUCAAGGUGUGGAUGUACCACGACGGACGGCUGCUGAAACCCAGAGAGAUCGAGCAGCAGAUGCAGAAAAUUCUGGACGAUAAAUCUGAGCCUCAGCCUGGAGAACAGCAUCUUGCAGCACUCACUGCAGGAGACAGAGUGCCUUGGGCCAAUGCCCGUCAGAACUACUUCAGCAAAGGGAAGAACAAGCAGAGUUUGGAUGCAAUUGAGAAGGCAGCCUUCUUUGUGACCCUUGAUGAUACUGAGCAAGGCUAUAACAAGGAAGAUCCUGUGAGAUCACUGGAUAGCUAUGCCAAGUCUUUGCUUCAUGGAAAAUGCUACGACAGGUGGUUUGACAAGUCUUUCUCCUUUAUUGUAUACAAGAAUGGAACCAUGGGCUUGAAUGCAGAGCACUCGUGGGCAGAUGCUCCUAUUGUUGGUCACCUUUGGGAGCAUGUGUUGUCUACGGACAGUUUCCAGCUGGGAUAUGAAGAGGAUGGGCAUUGCAAAGGCAGCAUUAACCCCAAUGUGCCUGGACCCCAAAGACUACAGUGGGAGAGUCUAGAAGAAUGCCAAAGUGUUAUCCAGAGCUCUCUGAAGGUUGCCCAGGCACUGGCUGACGACGUCGACUCCCACACUUUCCCAUUCAACAAAUUUGGAAAAGGUCUGAUCAAGAAGUGCAGGGUGAGCCCCGACGCCUUCAUUCAGAUUGCCCUGCAGCUGGCUCAUUUCCGGGACAAGGGCAAGUUCUGCCUGACAUAUGAAGCCUCGAUGACUCGACUCUUCAGAGAGGGUCGAACAGAGACUGUGCGCUCCUGCACCGUGGAAUCAUGCAGCUUUGUACACGCCAUGAUGGAUUCCCAAAAAACAAAUGAAGAGAAAAUGAAGCUGUUCAAUCUUGCGGCUGAAAAACACCAGAAUUUGUACCGUCUGGCAAUGACUGGGGAAGGCAUUGAUCGGCAUCUCUUCUGUCUCUAUGUAGUGUCCAAAUACCUUGGGGUCGAUUCUCCCUUCCUGAAAGAGGUGCUUUCGGAGCCAUGGAGGCUCUCUACCAGCCAGACUCCUCAGCAGCAAUUGGAACUGUUUGACUUGGCCAAUAACCCUCACCAUGUGUCCAGCGGGGGGGGCUUCGGACCUGUCGCUGAUGAUGGUUACGGUGUCUCUUACAUCAUCGUUGGAGAAAAUCUCAUCAAUUUCCACAUCUCCAGCAAGUUGUCAAGCCCAGAGACGGACUCUCACCGAUUCGGAGAAAACAUUAUCCAGUCCAUGCUUGACAUCCUCGCUCUCUUCAACCUCAACGCAAAGGCAGGCAAAUAACUGUUCUGCCCCAGACGAAAAGAAAAGAACAAUCUGUUGGAUUGCUUGUUUCAAAAUACGCUUCCAUGUGCUUGUACAGAAAUGUUUGGGCGUUUUUAAUCUUAAAGAAAUUAAAC